AUGGCCGCUGGAGACGGCGCGUGGAGUGGCUCCUCAGCUACUGCUCCGUGUUAUUGGGCAUCUCCGGAUGUACUCGCAGCUGUCCUAGACAUUGAUCGGCCACUCAGUGUUACAGAGACCUUCUAUUUUUGCCUCGUGAUCCGCACUGAUCGACGCUAUCAAAAGCCACCCCUGACCAUCAUUUCCACAAUACAGAGCCGAUCACUGGGUAACAGCCCAAACAAAAUGAGAAAACCGCUCUUCUCUUCUCACGACUCCGGUGUUGCAAUGCAUCGUCCCCGAUCAAUUGGCCACACCGGCGGACAAGGGGGCUGUUCAAAGAUCCCGAGAGCAACAAAAGCCCUGCCGUCAAAGGCUCAUCAUCUCACUCGUGCAUGUAACGAUGCGGUGUCCAGCCCCCAAGCUUUGCUAGUGGUCACGUUCAUCAGAGACUCUGUGACGCCUCUGCCGAUCAGCGAUCAUCUCUUGCCAACGUGGGCUCGCUAAAGCCUCAGAUUGUUCACCAACAAAAAGCAAAACGCAACGUCGACCGCCUCUUUUUUCUAGUACUUUUUUUCUCAUCCCUGCGUUGCG